CGAAAGUGUAGCCGACGGCCUGCACGAUUCCUCAAAUUGUAGCUGGAAGGCCACUGAAGUGACCGAUAAGAUGUGUCGCGUUACCCAUUACGAUAAGGCUGCAGCAGAAUCUCUCACUACCCACGCUCAAGCGCAGCUUUUCGGCCGCGCUUGAUACGCGGUGUUGAGUUGAAAAGUGCGAAUCAUGAACGACGCAGAAGGCUCGAGCUUUGCGCCAUGCAUCGAACAGUUGCACAAGACAGGCCUGGUAUCAAUACCUGACUUUCUAUCAGAUAAUGAAGUCAAGCAGAUGAAGCAAGAGUGUCAAAAAAUAAUCGACAGCAUUGAAGACAACAUCGAACAGCCAACCAUUUUCACCACAACAAAUAAUGAGGGAAGAAACACAUACUUCUUGGAAUCUGGUGACAAGAUUCGAGCUUUUUUUGAAGAAGACGCAUUUGAUGAGCAAGGAAACCUGGUAGUAAGUAAAUCAAGGAGCAUAAACAAGAUUGGGCAUGCUUUGCACUGGCUGAAUCCCGUUUUUAGACGCAUCUCCUUCAGCUCCAAAGUAAAGGCACUGGUUAGAGAAGUUGGAUUCCAGGAUCCAUGCAUUGUUCAAAGCAUGUACAUUUUCAAGAACCCAGAAAUCGGAGGCGAAGUGACAGCACACCAGGAUGCAACAUUUUUGUACACUAAGCCAAACAAGCUUAUUGGCCUCUGGUUUCCACUGGAAGAUGCCACAAUGGAGAAUGGUUGCCUCUGGUAUAUUCCUGGAUCCCACAAAACUAUGAGCCUUUCAAGAAGAUAUGUUCGGAAUCGUGAACCAGAAGGACCAUUGUUAAAAAUGGUUGAACUGUCUGCCCAUGAUUACAGCAAUGAAACAUUUGUGCCUGUCCCAGUGUUCAAAGGUUCAUGUGUUAUCAUCCAUGGAAAUGUCGUGCACAAGAGUGAAAAAAACUGUUCUCUUUUUCCUCGGCCAGCCUACACAUUUCACAUUAUCGACAGAGAUGGAUCUGAGUACAGCCCAGAAAACUGGUUACAACCAAGUGAAGAACUUCCUUUUCCAUCACUUUACGAAAACUCCUAGGUACAAUGAAUGAUUGGUCCAAGCAUGUGCAAGUUGUUCGUACCACACCUGCACUACACCUAAGUAGAAUUGAAAAGCUAGUAGUAAGAGGUACCGUACAGAGUACUUUGUCUCGCUUAGCAAGAGCACAUUUUGUUUCUUUCUUUUGCAUUUCAUUAUACACAGCCUUUUUUAAGGGUUAUUCUGUAUGACUGUUCUGUAAAGGCUUUCUACCGAACAUUUUUACUGUCAGCUAGAGCAAGACAUCUUUAUUUACACAUGUAAAAACAUGAAACUUUUUGUUGAAAGUAUUUUCUUGCAUUAUAACGAUGUCAAAGAAAGGUGCAUGUGUUGUAUACCAGCAUUUCCCAGAAAGUUGCCAAGUUGCAUUUUGCUUUAUACGCUGCAUUUAGCUAUCAAAGCUACAAAGAGUGACUUCCUAUGAACAAUCCUAUUUUAGAAGGACCUAAGAAGUACUACAUGCGCUUCUGUUUUUAAUAAACAGAGCAUUUGUUUUUCGUGGA